AUUUGGCAACCGGCAUAUGACAAAUGUCAUGAGAUGAUGAUGAAGAAGUAGGUAAAGGUGGUUUUGGUUCCUUACGCGUUUUAACCCACUUCCCGGUAGUCUGGGAACAGGUCUGGCUGUACCGCUGCUGUCACUCUGAAAGUCAGCCAAUGAAAACAGUAGCAGUCCUUGGAGGAGGUAUUGGGGGUUUGGCUGCCUCUUUCUACCUCAGCAAGAGCCCUCAGGUUACCAAGGUAAUUGUUUUGGAGUCCAGCAGUCGUUUUGGUGGUUGGCUGUGGUCACUGAGGCGGUCUGAUGGGGCAAUCUUCGAACUGGGACCAAGGGGGAUUCGACCUGUUGGAGCAGUGGGCUUUAACACUCUCAACAUGGUGGAAGAACUUGGUCUGGAGGAAGAUAUUCUUCCAGUGUCCUACAGUCAUGUUGCCUCCAAGAACCGGUAUCUGUAUGUCGGUGGACAGCUUCACAAGUUACCUUCUGGACUAAGUUGGCAGACAUAGCCAUUGACAGUUUGUGUCGUGGUGUGUUUGCGGGGGACUGUAGAAAGCUGAGCGUUCGCUCCUGCUUCCCUUCACUCUACAAGGCUGAACAGCAGAGAGGUUCCCUGACUCUGGGCUUUCUGCUAGACUCAGGCUCAGCUCCUAUAAUCUCUCCUGGACGUUUGGCUCAGAGAGCUCACAGAGAGUCCUGGGCUCAGUGGUCUCUAAGAAGGGGAGUGGAAACUUUCCCGAUAGCGAUCACUGAACACCUAAAACAAACCGGCAGAGUGGAGCUUCACCAAGAUGCUGCUGUUAAACAAAUUAUUCCCACAACAUCUGGAUGGAAGGUCCAUGUGGAAGAUGGUGUAAUAUUGGCUGAUCACAUCAUUUCUGCUCUACCAGCCAAAGCCCUUUCCUGCAUCCUACCCCCUUCCUUCCAAAGUCUUAUCCAGCAGCUGCAGGACAUCUCAGCAGUAACAGUAGCCGUGGUCAGUCUGGAGUAUGAUGGUUCCAUCCUCCCUGUAAUGGGUUUUGGCCACCUCGUUCCUUCUUGUGAAGACCCAGGUUUACUUGGAAUAGUCUAUGAUUCUGUUCCAUUCCCUCAGCAUAACAGACCACAUGGACAGACAACAAGACUAACGGUCAUGAUGGGAGGUGCCUGGUUCCAGAAUGUGUUUGGGGCCCCAGAUGCAGUAACAACAGAGGACCUUUUAGCAAGCGCCACUGAGGCAGUGCGCUGGCACAUGGGAGUCAAUGUAGCACCCAGCUGGAGUAAUGUGGCUCUUCACAGGGAUUGUAUACCUCAGUAUUACAUUGGGCACUCUCAGAGAGUAGAUUCCAUGCGAGGCUUUAUAAAGAACAAGAAUCUAUCGCUAUCUCUGAUCGGCUCAUCCUAUGAUGGUGUGUCUGUGAAUGAUGUCAUCUUCAGUGGACAAACAGCUGUGACAGAAUUGCUUGGAGGUGUAGUUUGACGCAAAAUGAGCAACGAAUUUGUUUUUAUCGGAAAGGCACAACUUGAUUUCUUUUUAUUUUCUGAGAAGUAUAACUGACAAACCCACCCCCACCCCACCCUUUAAUGGAACUUGUUGUUGUACAGCAUUAAUAAAAUAAUGGGCUUUAAA